CCUGUAGCAACAUUGAAGUUUCGUCUGUUUCCUCCAAAGUUAGUGGGACAUUCAGUUACAUGUGAAAUCAGAUAUCUGGGAUGUUGCAGGAAUAUACCACAGGGAUCAGCGAGUCUCUGAUGUGGUAAGAAGAUGAUGAUUUUUCAGCACUUUCAGACCAUGCUAAAGACUAAGUUGAAUGUCCUAACUCUUCGUAAAGAGCCUCUCCCGACAGUGAUCUUCCAUGAACCAGAGGCCAUUGAGCUGUGCACCACAACUCCCCUCAUGAAGACCCGGACUCACACUGGAUGCAAGGUUACAUAUUUGGGUAAGGUUUCCACAACAGGGAUGCAAUUUUUGUCAGGCUGCACAGAAAAACCAGUCAUUGAAUUGUGGAAGAAGCACACGCUCACGAGGGAGGAUGUUUACCCAGCUAAUGCCCUUCUGGAAAUUCGCCCUUUCCAAGUCUGGCUGCAUCAUCUGGACCUCAAAGGUGAGGCAACAGUGCACAUGGAUACCUUUCAGGUAGCACGUAUAGCCUACUGCACUGCUGACCACAACGUCAGCCCAAACAUCUUCGCUUGGGUCUAUCGGGAGAUCAACGAUGACCUGUCCUACCAGAUGGACUGCCACGCUGUGGAGUGUGAGAGCAAGCUGGAGGCCAAGAAGCUGGCCCAUGCCAUGAUGGAGGCCUUUAAGAAGACUUUUCACAGCAUGAAAAGCGAUGGCCGGAUCCACAGGAACAGCUCAUCGGAGGAAGUGUCUCAUGAAUUUGAAUCUGAUGAUGGCUGACUGAACCCAUUCACAGUUCAGCAAAGGCAGAAGUGGCUUAGGGAAUGAGAGCUGAUAGAUGAAUAAGCAACAAUUGAAACUGGGUAAUGGAAGGACUGCCAAACACUUGUCUGACCAGCUUUUUAAAUCAGAAGAGCAAUUUGGUACCUACAGAUAUGCAUCAUUAAAGUAAUUACGUUGCAUUGAAAUCUGCUGCUGUUGUAACAGUGAGAAAAAGAUCUCCCUCCCCCACCUCUGUUACGCUCUCAUCACUGUCCCUUUCUUGUCUCUGUAGUUCAGGUGCAUACCAUGAAGUACAGUCAUUUCUGUUUGUCUUACGGGACUGGUCAGGCAAUUUUAUUAGUUGCUUCUCUGGCAUUCCUAGCUGCGGGCUGAUGCUGAUGCACAAGAGCAAGUAGGCCUGGAAGCCCUAAUGGUUCCUGAAGAAUCUUUCCCCAUGAUGCAUCACACAGAUCCUUUGACCGUACAUAGGCUAAGACAGCCAUACACAGCCUUUUAGACUAAUGGCCUGGCAUUCUGCAGUUAAUUCACAUUUCACAGAUAAAAAAUGAACGAUGCUUGUAUGUACACAUUAUAUCAUAUGCUAUCCUUUAUUUUAUUCAUUGUACCUAUUUUCUUAAUAUACUGGCUGCCACGUCUUUCACCCAACACCAGUAGUUGCAGUUUCAGACUAUGUACUGCAGGAUACCAAAAAGGGGUGGGCAGAAAUACUCCCUGGUGGCUGGGGGUUCAGCAAGUCAGCCCUGCUAUCUGUGCAUUAUCCUACCCUGAUGUGCUCCACAGGAGGGGGCCCGCUGGGAAGAGUUGAGGGACGCUUGGGUGUGUCAGUGUUAGAACUGUGACUUCUCAUCAACCUCAGGUGUGACGAGAGCCGAGCACGGUGGGCACAGCUCUGUGUCCCCCCUUCUGCAUUGCUGGUCGAGUGACCCUGGUGGGAUGGAGCUGGCAGUGUCUCACCACACAGGGCUGCCUCAUUGUAAAGAUCCAAGGAAAUGGUCCCUUAGGAGUCAGGUUUGAACAUCUGUUCUGGUUGAGAACCUCAUGCUAAGAUUCCGAUAUCUUUCCUUGUUCACAGAUAUACAGUCAUGCCUUUCUUAAAUGCAGAUGUUUAAUAAAACUCAAAUAAAGGAAAAACUUGUUUCACUUGAUAUUUUUUAAGGCUGAGAGCAGAUCAAUAGUUUGCAAGUAAUGCUGCUCCUUUGUACAAUUUUGUUUGUAAUUAUGGUAAUGUUAGGGGCACUAGGGCACCUUACAGAAGCCUUAAAAGAAAGCUAAUCCAAGCAGAUAGCUCUGUGUCUGUGUUUUGUGUCUCUGUGUUUGUAUGUGAGAGUGUAUGUGUGAGUCCAGUGGUAAAGCAUGUAGACUGAGCAUGGAGAUGUAUUGAGGAGGGCCCACACCUCUUGAAAAUAUGCUUGUUGCUUUACAAUGUAUGUAAACUGUUCUCCAGCAUAAAUGCAUUCAUACUUUAAUAAAAAAAAAGUUUUGAGUUAAA